CUACUCCACCUUCGCCGCCCGAGGAUUUCGCCAUGUCCGGCGACAUUGCCGGCGCCGAUCGAUCCCCGGCUGCGCAAUCACAGCCUCCGUGGACCGUGUCCCUUGCUCCCUUCGCCCCAUGCGUUUCACCAUCCCCUCGCCGCCUCUCUAGCUGUUUCAAAGAGCGAGGACGGCCGGUGCUCUCCGCUAGGAGGCAGCUGGCUUGGGUUUCCUUGCAGGGACGGCUCAUAGGCGGUGAGGAGGCAACUUCGGCGAAGGCUAUUGGCGGAGGUUUAGACCCUGAUGAAACCGUCGCUUGGGAGCUCUUCAGUCCGCUCCAUAGGGUGCUCAUCGUCGCCGUGAUGGGCGUAGCCACCGCUGAGUCUAAGAGAUCCAAGAAGAUAUCGCAGCUCCAGAGAUCAGUCGAUCUUAGGGAUCAAGUGCUCCUAGGCAUGCAACAAAAGCUUGAUGAUCUGUGUAUGCAAAUGAGUACUGCAGUGGAUUGGCCAAUGAAAUCAAACAACAAGAUGCAUUUUGAGAAUGAUGCGCCUUCUUGUCUAAAGUUACCAGAACUGAAUCCUGAGAGUGGAAUUACCCCACUCUUUAAGAAUUCUUUGGAUAAGCCAAAGGAGGAGUGUGUGAGAGAAUUUCGCAAAGAUGAGAUGUUUAAGAGCGCUCAUGUCAAUAGUGGCGAACAAGAGGAGCGUCGAUUGUCUGAUUUGUCUGAUUUUUGUGCUAGUGUUACAUCUUCUGUGGACAUCCAGUUGAGUACCCUCGCUGCAGAGCAAGAUUAUUUCAAUCUUCGCCGGGAAUGUGAAGAGAAGGAUUCAACCAUAAGAGAACUGAGUGCUGCCAUCCAUGCAUCUGGUGUUGUUAGUUCCAAGAGAAUUAUGGAGUUGGAAGAGAUCAUAAGAAGGAAAAACAUGGUGAUUAGUAAAAUGAAGAAAGAUAUGCUUGCUCUAGAGCAACAGGUUAUUCAAUUGACAAGGCUAAGAAGAAAGUCCUCCCCGACCUUAUCAAACUCCAAUGACCCCCCGCAGCUUCCAUUCAUGUCCAGUAAUAUUCUCUAUGACAUGAGCAGUACUAGUCCAUCGUCUUCGGAUUCAGAUUCACCUUCAGGGGGUAUACUUCACUGCAGUGGUGUUGAAGAGAAAAGAACUCAGAGUCAACCAUCAAUGAAGAUGAGUUCCUUUCGAAAAUCAAUUGAUAAACCAAUGAAGCAACAAUGUCUUAGUCCUCUAAAAGAAAACCACAUGAACCAGAACAUUGAACUAAAUGAGACAUCUAGACCAGGACAGCUAGGCCCUUCCAGUGGAGACUUGAAAAGAAUUCGUAGGCGUGCUAUGCCGGAGUCAAGGACACCAAUUUUACAAAGAAAAUGGGUUUAAAUUCUAAAUAUCUACCUGAUGUUCGAAUUUUGCUGGAUGUAUAAGAAUGAAGGGGUGCAUCAUGCAUGUGAAGAAGUAAAUCUCGGAAGACUCAGAGCUAGGCUUUCAGGCAUCUAUGUAUGUUACUAUGUUUUCCCUCCUAGGAAUUGCCUAGUUCCUGUAUUAAUACAAUUAGCUUAUUUGUUAUGAUAUUUAAUUUACAUUUUAUCUAUACUUUUGUCAAAUUGCUAAAAUGAAGCCUAGUCAUUUCUGUAUGAACCAAUGACUGUUUUAGCAAUAACAUGUGCCAUUUGGACCAACU